AAUGAAUCUAUAUCAAAAUUCAAUAUGGUUCCUACACAAACAAAGUAGUCGGCAAAUUGUUUUACAAUUCAAAUAUGUAUUGUGAUUUUAAUGAUAGUACAUAAGAAAUGAAGUUAUUUCUAGUUACGUACCUCGAUUAUUAGUGAUUUCUAAUCAUAGUAUACAGUGGAUAAUCGUCAGAGACUAAAUUUGAGGCGCCAUGAUAUGCCAAGCCCAUUAUCCCUAUGUAUUACUACUUUUUUAUUUAUUUCUGACAUAUCGAAUAGUAAGAAGUAAUCCUCUAGAUGAAGAAGAUAAGGAUUUAAAUAUUACUGUGGAAGUACUUAAACAUGAAUUACCGAAUCAGUUGCCAUUGGGUGACAAUAUUACAAUUAUUUGUAAAACCAAAUGGAUGUCAAGUAUAAUAAUGUGGACUUUUAAUGACAAAAAUGUGUCAGAACAAGCAGGCUUCAAAUUGGAAAUGGAAAGUGAGAACAUUAACAAGGAAUCUGGUAACAAAUUUGAAGUAUCCAUUUUACACAUUAUAGGGAUCGAUUUUAAUCAUGUAGGCAGUUAUAAAUGCCAUGCUAUUUUAAAAAGAAAUGAAAGUGAUGUUGACCUAGACUUUCGUCAAAUUUUCCUGAAUGUAACAUUACCUUCUAAAAUAGUACAAAUAUCGAAACCUACCUAUACAAAAAUGCAUGAAACAGUAGAAAUAUACAGUGUAGUACAAGGAUACCCUAUUGAAGAAAUCAAAUGGCUGAAAGAUAAUGAACCCUUAACAGAUUUCAAAUGGGACAUUAAAGAUAUCAAUAUUACACAUAAAAAUACAACAUUGAAAUUUGAUGUUUCUAAAAAAGAUAAUGGAACAUACACUUGUGUAGUAACUACACCAACAUCACAAGCUAGAAAUUCUACAGAUGUUUUGGUCCUUGACAAACCACAAAUAACUCUAGAUUUUAUCAAACCAAUUGGCAUAAACAAAAUCUAUUUUAACUGGACUGUGAAUGAUGGCAACAGCCCGAAUAAUUUAACUUAUACAAUAAAAUAUAAAUCUGAAGAUGAUAAAGAAUGGAUAUAUUAUCAAACUAUGAUAAAUGCUAGUAGCACAUCUUUAGUGCUUACAGUAAGAAACACUUCUGGAACACCAAAUAAAAAUUCGUCUUAUACUGUGAAGAUUAUGGCAGCUAAUUCACAAGGAGAAAGUAUGUACUCAACCAGCAAUCUGGUGCAGCUAUUAGAUGAAGAACCAAUAGUUGUUCCACAAGUUACUGUUAUCGGAGUUACAUCCAGUUCAAUCACAAUUAAAUGGACUCCACCACCAAAUAAAUUCAAAGAUCAUAUUCACUACUAUCAAUUAAUCCUUAAAACAUACAAUACUUCAGAAAAAUUCGAAGCUGUCCAACCAGCCAUUAAAGACUAUGUUUAUAUGUUUUCUGAUCUGACAUCUGCCACUACUUAUACUUUCCAAGUAGCAGCUUGUAGCGACUAUAGCAAAGAGUGUGGACCACUUUCAAAAAUUGUGAAUGGUACUACUAUGGAUGGUAUUGCGGGUCCUCCUUCUAAUGCUUCUAUUGAAUGCAGAUUUGACAAUAUCAGCCACACAAAUUUUGUGUCUGUAUCAUGGCAACCACCAACACAUCCUCAUGGAACCAUCAUGUCAUACAGUGUUACUUUGGAAGGCUCUGCAGUUUUUAUAAAUGAUCAAGGUCAAUUUGAAAAUAUAACAUGGGGACCAAAGUCUACCAGUAUCCAGGAAAUUACACUAAAUACCCGUUUCUAUAAUGUAUCAGCAAAUACAAACUAUACAGUAAGAAUAUCUGGGGUGACUCGUUUGAGAAAAAAUGGAAUACCUGUAACAUUGAAUUGCACUAUGCCCCCAACAUUACCAGAUAAACAGAAGCUUGCUAGAUUACAUUGGAAAAAGAUGGAAGAACAAGGAAAAUGGAUUUUUAAAUUAUUUAUGCCAAGAGUUUCUGAAAGGAAUGGACCGAUAUGUUGUUACCGAAUUUAUUUGGUUAGAAUGGAAUCUCAGCAAAAAUUAUCCGAUUUAGCUAAUCCUGAAGACUUAACAAUUAUGUCAUAUCAAGAAGCUCAUAGAACCCCAAGAGGAGGAGCUUAUGUUGCAGAAAUGUUUACGAGCUCUGCUUUUCACAAUGAAGUAUUCUUGGGUGAUGAGCAGGUCUACAAUUCAACAAAUUCUCUUUGUGAUAAAUGUAUUGGUUUACGACCUUACAAUACCCCUAGAGAAGAUAAAAUGAAAAAUGCAACAAAUUUAGUUAAUAGAGUAAGAAGAAACGAAAUUCUCUCCGAUCCUCUGCCACCAUUUGAUGGAAAUCUUGAUAUUAACAGUAAUUAUACAGGAUUUGUAGAAAUUAUAGUACAUGGGGACUAUCAACCAAUAUUUCUGGCAGCAUACAGCAACUAUUUAGACAUGAUGAAUCCUGGACCAGAAGUAGUUGCAGCACCAGCUGUAGGAGCUCUAAGCCUUAUUGUACAAAUUCUAUGUGGAUUGGUGGUUGUUAUACUUGUGCUCUUGGGUGCAUUAUGUAUUUUACACAGGUAUACAAAGCAAGCACAUGCUCAAGCUGUUGAAAUGAUCACUUUCAGAACAUCAUUGAGGAGCCUCAGGGGUCGACAGCGAUUGGUAUCGUUGAAUCCACCUGACAUGUGUCCUAUCACUAAAUCUGAUUUGGUUUCGGCAUACAUCGAACAUCAUCGAGAUUCUGACUACGGAUUUCAGCAAGAAUUUGAAUUACUUCCUGAUAGAUUUUCUGACAGAACUACCAGAGCAUCGGACACUAGAGAAAAUGUUUAUAAAAAUAGGUAUCCCGAUAUAAAAGCCUAUGAUCAAACUAGAGUUAAGUUGGCACAAGUGGAUAGUAUUGCUGGUUCAGACUACAUAAACGCAAACUAUGUUAUGGGAUAUAAAGAAAGGAAGAAAUUUAUUUGUGCACAAGGACCUAUGGAUACAACUGUCAACGAAUUUUGGCGUAUGAUUUGGGAACAGCAUUUAGAACUGAUUCUUAUGCUUACUAAUCUCGAAGAAUACAGCAAAACGAAAUGUAGCAAAUACUGGCCUGAUAAGACUGAUGGUGAUAAAAUUUUCGGAGAUAUAACUGUUACGCACAUACAAGAAACCAGAUACUCUGAUUAUAUAGUGAGGGAAUUAAAAAUAAUGAGAACUAGCAAUGGAAAAGAACUAGAAGAGAGGAAUAUAACCCAAUAUCAUUACCUGGUUUGGAAGGAUUUUAUGGCUCCUGAGCAUCCUAAUGGUAUCAUUAAAUUCAUUAAAAGGGUUAAUGAAGCUUACUCUGUUGAAAAGGGUAGUAUUUUGGUUCAUUGUAGCGCAGGUGUUGGUAGAACUGGCACUUUGGUUGCACUGGAUUGUUUACUGAACCAAUUAAAAGAAGAGGGACAUGUUUCUAUUUUCAAUACUAUUUGCGAUUUAAGGCACCAGAGGAACUUCUUAGUCCAAUCUUUGAAACAAUAUAUUUUCAUCUACCGCGCUCUUAUGGAAGUUGCACAAUAUGGUGAUACAGAAAUAAACGCCAAUGAGUUGAAAAAUACAUUGGAGAAAUUAAGACAGUGUGAUAAUGGCAAAACCAAAUGUAAAUUAGAAGAAGAAUUUGAAAAUAUAAUAAAUGCUUUUGAAGACAGAAAGUCAUGUUCUGUAGCAAGUGGGGAAGAAAAUAGAGAAAAAAAUCGAUGCGAUAGUAUCAUUCCAUAUGAUAGAAAUAGAGUAAUACUUACGCCUUUGACAGGCAAAGAACAUUCCACAUAUAUUAACGCUUCCUUUAUUGAAGGGUAUGAUAAUAGUGAAUCUUUUAUAAUUACACAAGAUCCAAUUGAAGGAACAAUCAAUGAUUUUUGGCGAAUGGUUUCUGAACAAGGAAUUAGUGUUAUAGUUAUGAUUUCUGAACUUGGUGAAGGAAAAUGUCCAAGAUAUUGGCCGGAAGAAGAAGCACAUUAUGAUCAUAUUCAUGUUAGAUAUAUUCAAGCAGAAAGUUGUCCUUAUUACACAAGGAGAGAAAUGAUCAUUAGAAGUAGGGAUGGAGAAGAUCAGAAAGUUACUCACUUACAAUAUCAUGGAUGGCCCACUGUGGAUGGAGAGAACCUCACACGUCUCCUCUUGCCGCCAAUUUUCACCAUUAAUUUCACAUUCCUGCAACAGGAUGCUUCCAUUGCGACUUCUUUCCAGGUACCUGAAGUAACAAGAGGACUUAUUGAACUUGUAGACUUUUCCCAGACAGUUUUAGUGAAAAACGGUUGUUCUCCUUCAAUGGUUGUUCAUUGUAAUUUAGGAUCAGACAGAAGUUCAAUGUUCGUUGGGCUCAGUAUACUUGUACAACAACUCAGAACUGAAAGAAGAGUUGAUGUUUUUACAGUGACAAGGAAAUUAAGAUCACAGAGACAAGCCAUGAUAAAUUCAUAUGCACAGUACGAAUUCCUCCAUCGAGCAAUUGUAAAUUAUGCAGAACUUCACGGACUUUGUGAAAUAUAAAUGUUGAAUAAGAUUUGGUGCCAUAUAUAACUUCUAUAUUUCAUUCCAAAAUACCAUAAUUGGUCUCACUGAUAUUUAAGUAUUUUUAUAUAAGUAAUUUAUAUAUUCUAGGGACAAUGUAAAUUAGUUUUGAAACAUUUAAUUCCUAGUUGAAAGCCAAAUUAUGUUGUUUAAAACCAAAGGCAUUUGAAUGUAAGAAUUAUUUUGAGCAAUAACCUAUUUUUUCAAAGACUUGAAUUUUUCAGCUUUUGCUCAAAAACUGCACUGCCAUAUUUAUUUCAAAAAUAUCUCUGAAAUAUUAUUGUUUAAUUGGGUAUAAAUAUAUUAUUGAUUUAUUAGAACUAAACAUAUAUACAGCUCUUCAAAUAAUAUUCAAAUUUGUGUAGCAUCAAAAGUUUGCUUUAUAAAGGCAAUAUCAAUUUUAUACUUCCUGAUAUAUUGAACCAUCAAAUUUCAAAUUUAACAGGAAGAUCACAAAGUUUAAAUCCAAUUUUGCUUUUUGUUUAUAGAGCCAUUGGCUUCAGUGUUCUUUAUUCAAAUACACUUCAUUUUUCUAAUCUCAGAUUAUUUGAGUAUUUUAAUAGUGACCAAUUAAUAUUCUUGCAAUCAUUUAUGUAUAAUAAUAAUAAUAAUAAUUAUGAAUCAUUUAUUAUUUACCAGUGAUAACAAAAUAAUAAUAUAUUACAUAGGAAGGUAGAUUGACCAAUUCUUCAACAUUAACCAAAAGGCAAAACCUCGUAUUUCUUUGUCCUGCAUCGAUUUGUAUAAAAAAUUUAGAUUUUGCUCAUUUCACCCCCUAGUUCAAUUUCUAUGUGCCGUUGUACGCUUUUUGUUUUUUAAGGGUGAAAACUACCACUAAUUGUAAAAAUUAUGAAAAAACAUUUGAAACCUCAACAUGGGUAAAAUUUGACUUAGAUUAGUUAAAUAAGAAUUGUUUUGUGCUGCAGGAUACAAUUUCAUAAUAUUUCAACCCUUAAUAACAUAGCAAUUUUUAUAAUUUAAUUGAUCUAAAUAGAAAAAAAAUUAAUUGACAUGCGUUAACAUACAGUCACGCAUCACAUACAACGAAAUUUACAAACCUGGCUCAUUAAUUUUAUUUUCAUCAAAAUCGAUGUCGUCUUUGUCCUCCUCCAUAUCACAGACGGAUGUUACGUCUCAUAACUUAUUUUUUGUGCAUUUAUUCACUCAAUCUCACUUUUUUUAUUAAUUAGCACAUAGCCCAGUUUAAAG